ACACACACACAUCGUUGACGGCCCUGGUUUGUUGUUGUUGCGCAAACCAUGUACGUUUUCUAAGUUAGUUUUUCUUUAUUUGUCUCUCAAAAAAUAAGGUGUAAAUAAAACAGCCGUUGUUUAACUGCUGCAAUAACAAAUGCAGUUUGUUAAGUGCCCAGUCUAUCCUCAAUGCCUCUGUGCCUGAGAUAUCCUUGCGGGCUGCUUGGGCGCUGUGGACUUCAGCUGGCCGCUGCCCUUCAUCCCAGACACCUGUCGGAUAAGGAUGGCUCCGAUAAAGAGGAUGCGGAUAUAGAGUUACCCCCGGAACCCACCACCUGCUGCAUGUCGGGAUGCGCCAAUUGUGUCUGGGUGGAAUACGCACAGACUGUGGCCAAAAUACUGGGCGACAAUGAUGAGCGUGCUCGUCAGAUUGUUCUGGCCAAGAUCAAAGAUCCCAAUUUGCGAAUGUUUUUGAGCAUGGAGAUGCAAAACUUGAAAUCAUUGCGAGAGAAACCCACUGAGGAUACGCAGAAGUAAAGCAAACAAAUCUCCCUAUCGUAACACAACAUUGUCAAAUAGCAUAAAUUCAUUUGUUUAAAUACAUUAAAAUUUUUAAGCGCACGUUGAAGCAA